AUGCAGGAGGCUGAGAUCACCGGUGUUACAAAGGCAUCACCUAAGUUGGCUGGGGACAUCUGGGCCCUCCAUUCUGCUCACACAACGUCUAGGACAGUACUCAUCUCCUGGAUGCCCCCAUCCCCUGGUUUUCUCGAAGUGAACUUCGACGGCAGUGUGGAUGAUGAGGAAAGAUGUAGUGGCGUGGGGUUCGCCAUCCGAGAUCACGACUCCAAAUUAGUUGCGGCACAUGGUCGGCGGACUUUUGACUCAACAGUGGUGUGUACCGAGCUUAGAGCAGCCUGGGAGGGCAUCUACUAUGCAAGGCGGACACUGGGUGCGGACCAUAUUAUUCUCGAGUGCGAUUCAGCCACAGUGGUUGAAUGGAUCCAGAGACAAGGAUGCACUGCUGAAGACCGGCUGUUGAUCCAUGAGAUUUGCAGGUUGAUGGAGGAGUGUGACUCCCACCAGGCUUCACACGUGUUUAGGGAGGCCAACGAAGCAGUUGAUUGGGUGGCCUCCUAUACGGCCCACCACUCCGGUGGUUUUGUUUGGGUUGGAAGUGGGUCUAUUCCAGGGCCAUUAUGUAGUGUUUUAUUUUCUAAUUUUGUUGACUGCAUUCACAUCCGUAGUGUGUGA